GGACUGGGAACAACUUCUCCAAAAGUCUUCUGCUGCUGGCUGAAGCACCCAUGGGUGAGAGGCUGUCUGCUCGUGCUGGGCUUGGGAUUGCAGAGGUCCUCCUCAUCCUAGCAGGGCUGUGUGCAUCACUUCCUGCCCAAAUAAGACUUGUGAACGGCCCUGACCCCUGCACGGGGCGACUGGAGGUGUUUUACAAUGGCACCUGGGGGACGGUGUGUGACGACCACUGGAGCCUCGCAGGAGCCCGUGUGGUGUGCCGGCAGCUGGGCUGCGGGAUGGGCCUGUCUGCUGUUGGCGGGGCUCGGUAUGGGCGAGGAAAAGACCCCAUCUGGCUGGACAACGUGCAGUGCACCGGGACGGAAGCUGCUCUUUCUGAGUGCCAGGCACAGCCCUGGGGAGCUCACAACUGUGGCCACGGGGAAGACGUCAGCGUUGUGUGCUCAGGGGCACCCGCUCCAGGUCUGACCCGUGCCAGGCUGGUGAACGGCCCUGGCCCCUGCUCUGGCAGAGUGGAAGUCUUCCAUGACAGCAGAUGGGGCACCGUGUGUGAUGACGGCUGGAACCUGACGGAUGCUGAGGUGGUGUGCAGGGAGGUGGGCUGUGGCUCGGCUCUGUCAGCUCCACCUGACGCUGCCUUUGGGCAAGGGGCAGGACCCAUCUGGCUGGAUGAUGUGACCUGUGCUGGGACAGAGUCUUCCCUUUCUCUGUGUCAGGCCAGUUCCUGGGGAAGUCAUAAUUGCAAGCAUGAUGAGGAUGCUGGUGUUGAAUGCUCAGAACCAGCUCAAGUACGUUUGGUGAAUGGCUCCAGCCAUUGCUCAGGGAGAGUUGAGGUCCACCACAACCAGCGGUGGGGGACAAUUUGUGAUGAUGGCUGGGACCUGAGAGAUGCAGAGGUGGUGUGCCGGCAGCUGGGCUGUGGGGUGGCUGUGUCAGUCCCUGGCAAGGCUCACUUUGGGCAAGGACACGAUCCCAUCUGGCUGGAUGAGGUGAACUGCACAGGGACAGAAGGUGCCAUCACAGAAUGCAGUUUGGAGUUCUGGGGGGAGCACAACUGCAAUCACAAUGAAGAUGCUAGCGUUGUGUGUUCAGAGCCCACAGAACUACGGCUAGUGAACGGCCCGAAUCGCUGCGCUGGGCGGGUUGAGGUCCUUCACCACCAGCAGUGGGGCACCGUGUGUGACAAUCACUGGGACAUGGAGGAUGCCAAAGUGGUGUGUCGGCAGCUGGGCUGCGGUGCUCCGAUCUCUGCUCCGGGCUGGGCCAGGUUUGGCCGAGGCUACGACCCCAUCUGGCUGGAGAAAGUGACCUGCUCGGGGACUGAGGCUGCCCUUAGUGAGUGCAAAGCCCAGACGUGGGGAGUCCACAGCUGCCACCACGGGGAAGACGCCAGCGUGGUGUGCUCAGAACCAGAGGUGGUUCGGCUGGUGAAUGGCCCAAGCCGCUGUGCUGGGAGGGUUGAAGUCCUUGAGCAGCGCCAGUGGGGGACGGUGUGUGACAACGCCUGGGACCUGAGCGACGCAGAAGUGGUGUGCUGGCAGCUGGGCUGUGGGACAGCAGCUGCAGCUCCGGGCUUGGCUUACUUUGGCCAGGGACAUGGUCCCAUCUGGCUGGCCGAGGUGAACUGCACGGGGACAGAAGCUGCCCUCUCCAAAUGUGUGGCCAGGCCCGAAGGAGUCCACCUCUGCCACCAUGGAGAAGACGCUGGUGUGGUGUGCUCAGACCCUACCGAGGUCCGGCUGGUGAACGGCUCGAGCCGCUGCUCUGGGAGAGUCGAGGUGCUGCACAACCAGCGAUGGGGAAGUGUGUGUGAUGACAGCUGGGGCCUGGACGAUGCAGAAGUGGUGUGCCAGCAACUGGGCUGUGGUACAGCUAUCUGGGCUCCACCUGCAGCUCGGUUCGGGCUGGGGUACGACCCCAUCUGGCUCGAUGAUGUGAACUGCACGGGCUCAGAGGCUGCCCUCUCUGAGUGCAGGUCCAGGCCAUGGGGAGACAACAACUGUAAUCACAAAGAAGAUGCUGGUGUGGUGUGUACAGGACCACCCCAGCUCCGGCUGGUGAAUGGCUCUAGCCGCUGCUCUGGGAGGGUCGAGGUCCUUCGUAACCAGCGGUGGGGGACUGUGUGUGAUGACGGCUGGGACCUGAGUGAUGCAGAGGUGGUGUGCCGGCAGCUGGGCUGUGGGACGGCCGUGUCGGCUCCAGGCUCAGCUCACUUUGGGCAGGGCUCCAGCCACAUCUGGCUGCAGGGUGUUGAGUGCACAGGGACAGAAGCUGCCCUCUCUGAAUGCAGGUCCAGGACGGGGCAACAGAGUUAUUGCAACCAUGGUAAAGAUGCUGGUGUUGUGUGCUCAGAUCCUGGGGCACUACGACUGGUGAAUGGCUCGAGUUUCUGCACUGGGAGAGUUGAAGUGCUCCACAAACAACUGUGGGGAACCGUGUGUGAUGAUGGCUGGGACAUGGAGGAUGCCACAGUCGUGUGCCGGCAGUUGGGCUGCGGGGUGGCGGUCUCAGCCCCUGGCAGAGCUUGGUUUGGGCGAGGGCAUAAUGCCAUCUGGAUGGAUGACGUGAACUGCACAGGGGGGGAAGACACCCUUUUGGAGUGCCUGGCCAGGCCGUGGGGGGAACACAACUGUGACCAUGGGGAAGAUGCUGGUGUGGUGUGCUCAGAACCAGUUGCAUCCCAGAGGGUUCCCCUCCGCUUGCUGAACGGACCACACCGUUGUGCUGGCCGAGUUGAGGUGUACUACAGCAACAGGUGGGGCACGGUGUGCGACGACCACUGGGACCUGGAUGAUGCCAACGUGGUGUGCCGUCAGCUGCACUGUGGCAUCGCCUUGUCCACCAGCAGACCUGGCCAGUUCAGGAUGGGGUCUGGCCCCAUCUGGCUGGACGAUGUCAACUGCACGGGGACGGAGGUGGCGCUUUCCUACUGCAGAGCGAAUGACUGGGGGAAGAACAAUUGCCACCAUGGUGAAGAUGCUGGUGUGGUUUGUGCAGAGUCAGCCAGCCACCACCAGGACUCCAGCACGGGUUCCACAGAGCUACGCCUGGUGAACGGCCCGAACCGCUGUGCCGGGAGAGUGGAGCUGCUGUAUGAUCACGAGUGGGGAACCGUGUGCGAUGAUGACUGGAGCUUCACAGAUGCCAAAGUCGUGUGUCAGCAGCUGGGCUGUGGGACGGCAGUCUCAGCUUAUAGCUCAGCAUACUUCGGCCAGGGAACGGGCCCCAUUUGGUUAGACAACGUUCAGUGCAGUGGGACAGAAGCUGCCCUGUCUGAAUGCCAGGCCAGGCCAUGGGGAGUCAAUAACUGUGACCAUGGAGAAGAUGCUGGAGUUGUGUGUGCAGAAGGCACAGCCGUCGAAGCGCCGGCUCAGCUGCGCCUGCAGAACGGCCCCAGCCGCUGCGCAGGAAGAGUGGAGGUGCUCCACGACCAUCAGUGGGGGACGGUGUGUGACGACGGCUGGAGCCUAAUCCAAGCCAAGGUGGUGUGCCGACAGCUGAGCUGCGGGACGGCAGUCUCAGCUCCAGUUCUGGCUCACUUUGGGCCAGGGUCUGGCCGUGUCUGGCUGGAUAACGUGAACUGCACCGGGGAUGAAGCGGCUCUCUCCGAGUGCCACGCCAGGCCAUGGGGAUCCAAUGACUGUGACCAUGGGGAGGAUGCUGGUGUGGUGUGCUCAGACACGGACACGUCAAGGCACCGUCUGCUGCGGCUGAUGAAUGGAUCGAACAGCUGCGUUGGGAGAGUUGAGGUUCUUCACGACCACAAGUGGGGGACGGUGUGCGACGACACGUGGGACAUAAACGAUGCUGCAGUUGUGUGCCGGGAGCUGGGCUGCGGGACAGCAAUCUCAGCACCGGGCUCAGCUCAUUUUGGGCAAGGGUUGGACCCCAUCUGGCUGGACAAUGUGCACUGCGUGGGGACGGAGUCCACCUUGGCAGAGUGUGGGCUGAAAAGCUGGGGAGAGCACAACUGCGGCCACAGUGAGGAUGCCGGUGUGGUGUGCUCAGGCACCAACCCUUUGCAGCUGCGGGUUAAGGAUGGUCCAGGUCCCUGCUCAGGGCGCGUGGAGGUGCUGUACAACGCCAGCUGGUACGGCGUCUGCGACAGUGACUGGAGCUUGCUGGAGGCGCAGGUGGUCUGCAAGCAGCUGGGCUGUGGACCGGCACUGUCUGCGCCCAUCGGAGGCCAGUUCAGCCCAGAGCGUGGCCACACGUUGCUGGAAGGGCUGAGCUGCCGGGGCUCAGAGUCGCUGCUCCUGGAGUGCCAGCAGAAGAAUAUGGGUCUGGGGCAGUGCAAGCAUGGCUUUGCAGCCGGGGUGGUGUGUACGGAGAUGGAAGACCUCAACCAGGCCUGCUCAGUGCUGUCAGGUCUGCUUGGCGUUGGGGCAACACUCUGUGGGAUCCUGCUGGUCCUGUACCUGGCGAGGUGUGGAAGACAGGCUGGGCGCUCCCAGGAUGCCCAUCACUCCCAUCCCUGGGCAUCUGCCUCGAUUCCUCUCCAUCCCUCCCAGUUGGCCAGCGGGACACGGAGCACAGCUACCAUCUCUCACCAGGACUUUCUGCUCCAGCUUCCAGCCCAUGGCCAUUCUGUGAAGAUGGGGAUGCCAGGUGGUCUCCAUCCCUCCCCCAGGUACCCCUUGGGCAGAAACCAAUCCACCUGCUCCGGAGUCAAUACCGUGGGGAUCCUCCUCCUGAUCGUGUGCCUUUGGGGCUCAGCCUCCACGGACCCAGAGGGGCUUCGUCUGGCAGAUGGCCCUGGCCGCUGCGCCGGGCGAGUGGAGGUGCUCCACAAUGGGACGUGGGGGACGGUGUGCGAUGACAACUGGAGCGUCCGUGAGGGCCGGGUCGUGUGUCGCCAGCUGGGCUGCGGGACGGUGCUGUCCGUCUCACAGGGGGCUCGGCACGGAGAAGGCAUGGGCCAGAUCUGGCUGGAUGAGGUGAACUGCACGGGGACGGAGGCUGCCCUGUCCGAAUGCCAGGCCAGGCCAUGGGGAGAGCACAACUGUCACCACGUGGAAGACGCCAGCGUUGAGUGCUCAGACUCCAGGGCCUCGGAGUUGGGCCAGCUCCAGCUGCUCAAUGGCCCCAACCGCUGCGCGGGGAGAGUGGAGGUGCUCCAUGACCACAUGUGGGGCACCAUCUGCGAUGAUGGCUGGGACCUCAUGGAUGCCACCGUGGUGUGCCGGCAGCUGGGCUGCGGGACGGCGCUGAUGGCCACCAAGGGGGCUCACUACGGGAGAGGCCAGGACCCCAUCUGGUUGGACGAGGUGAACUGCACGGGCAACGAAGCCACCAUCUUUGACUGCAAGGCCAGUGCAUGGGGGGUCAACAACUGCUACCACGGCGAGGAUGCUGGUGUGGUGUGUUCAGGCUCAGGAGUGUCCAUCUCAGCGGAGCUCCGCCUGGCCAAUGGUACAACACGCUGCAAUGGAAGGGUCGAGGUCUUCCACAAUGACACCUGGGCAGCCCUAUGUGACGAUGGCUGGGGGCUGGCUGAGGCUCAAGUGGUGUGCAGGCAGCUGGGCUGCGGGACAGCGCUGUUGGCUCCUGGCGGGUCUCAUUUUGGGCAAGGAUCAGGACAGAUGUGGCCGGGCGGCGUGAACUGCACGGGAGCAGAAACUGCCCUCUUUGCUUGCAAGACGAGACCCUGGAGCAACAGCACGCAUCAUCCUCAGACAUCAGCUGGCGUGGUGUGUGCAGAGGGCGACCAGGUCCGGCUGGUGAACUACAGGAACCGCUGCGCUGGAAGGGUUGAGAUCUUUCACAACAAGCAGUGGGGAACUGUGUGCGAUGACAACUGGGAUUUGCUGGAUGCCAACGUUGUGUGCAGGCAGCUGGGCUGUGGGAGAGCCCUCUCAGCCCCUGGAUGGGCUCAGUUUGGGCAAGGGGCUGGCGUCAUCUGGCUGGAUGAGACGAAUUGCACAGGGUUUGAGCAUGCCCUGUCUGCCUGCUGGGCCAGGCCGUGGGGCAUCAAUAAUUGCUACCACGGGGAAGAUGCUGGUGUGGUGUGCUCAGACGCGAUCAUCCCGGAGCCCGCUCGCCUCCGACUGGUGAACGGCUCUCACCGCUGUGCUGGCCAAGUGGAGGUGUUUCAGGAUGAGGAGUGGGGAGCUGUGUGUGACCACGGCUGGGAUAAGAAGGAUGCCGAGGUCGUGUGCCGGCAGCUGGGCUGCGGGACAGCGCUGUCAGCCUCGGGGGAAAAACACCUGGGUGCUGGAUCUCUCCGCACGUGGCUGGACAAUGUGAGCUGCGAGGGGACGGAACAAUCCCUUAUGAAAUGUAGGGCGAGCCCAUUGGGAAAAAGCAGCUGCAGCCAUGGGAAGUACGCCAGCGUGGUGUGCUCAGGCUCUGCUGUUUCCAGCUUUGCCCCAGUCCGGCUGGUGGACGGCCCAGGCCGUUGUGCUGGGAGAGUGGAAGUGUUCCACCGCGAGCAAUGGGGAACCGUGUGUGAUGACAGCUGGGAGUUCCCAGACGCUGCGGUGGUGUGCCGGCAGCUGGACUGCGGCGUGGUUAUUUCAGCCCCGCGGAGGGCUUACUUUGGCCAGGGACGGGGCCCCAUCUGGCUGGACGACGUGAACUGCACGGGGACGGAGGCUGCUCUUUCCGAAUGCAAGCUCAAGGGAUGGGGUGUCCACGGCUGUGAUCACGAUGAAGAUGCCAGCGUAGUGUGCUCGGGAUCAGGCAUUUCCGACCUCGGAGACCUCCGCCUUGUGAAUGGCUCAGACAAAUGCUCGGGGAGACUUGAGGUUUUUCAUGACCAGCGCUGGGGAACUGUCUGUGCCGACGGCUGGGACCUGGCCGAAGCCCAUGUGGUGUGCAGGCAGCUGGGCUGUGGGGCAGCGCGCUUGGCCACGGACCCGUCCCAGUUAGGGAACGGACCUGACCUGCUCUGGGUGGAUGCUGUGGAGUGCACCGGGACGGAGCGAGCCCUCUUCGAAUGCAAGGUCAAGCUCUGGGGAGCCCGGAGCUGCAAGUCUAAGGGAUAUGCAAGUGUCGUGUGCUCUGUGGCCGUAGACUCAGACCUGGGCAGCCCAGAAGCCCUGCGGCUGGUGAACGGCCCUCACCGCUGCUCGGGGCGGGUGGAGGUGUUCCACAGCUGGCAGUGGGGCACCGUCUGUGACGACGGCUGGGACCUGAACGAUGCCAAAGUGGUGUGCCGGCAGCUGGGCUGUGGGACAGCGGUGUCAGCCCAAGGGUUGUCUUCCUUUGGGCAAGGGUCUGGCCCCAUCUGGCUAGAGGGGGUGAGAUGUCUUGGGACAGAAGCAACCCUUGCUGAAUGCCCCUUCAAGCCUUGGGGACUCCACGGAUGUAGCCACAUGGAAGACGCCAGCGUUGUGUGCUCAGGCUCAGGGAUCUCCAGCAUCACCAUGCUUCGGCUGGUGGGUGGUUUGAACAAGUGCAUUGGGAGGGUUGAGGUGUUUUAUAACAACGAGUGGGGGACAGUCUGUGACGACAACUGGGACAUGAGCGAUGCCACGGUGGUGUGUCGGCAGCUGGGCUGCGGGACGGCUCUUUCAGCCCCAGGAUCGGCUCGGUUUGGGUGGGGAUCCGGCCGCAUCUGGCUGGAUGAAGUCAACUGCACGGGGGAAGAAAAUGACAUCUCCCAGUGCAAAGCAAAGACUUGGGGUGUCCACAACUGCCACCACGGGGAAGAUGCCGGCGUGGUGUGCUCAGGCAACUCGAGCUCAGCCGAACUGCGGCUCGUGAACGGCCCCAGCCGCUGCACCGGGAGAGUGGAGGUGCUGCACGACGGGCAGUGGGGGACGGUGUGUGACGACGGCUGGGACCUGAAUGACGGCAAAGUGGUGUGCCGGCAGCUGGGCUGCGGGGCGGUGCUGUCCGCCCCUGGCAGGGCUCGCUUCGGGCAAGGCACCGGGCGCAUCUGGCUGGAUGACGUGAACUGCGCCGGGUCUGAGGACACCCUUUCCCACUGCCGAGCCAGCCCAUGGGGACGGAAUAACUGCAACCACAGAGAAGACGCCAGCGUGGUGUGCUCAGAGCCGGACACCUCAAAAUCCUCCUUACUGCGUCUGGUGAACGGCCCCAACCGCUGCACCGGGAGAGUGGAGGUAUUUCACGACGGGCAGUGGGGGACGGUGUGUGACGACGGCUGGGACCUGCGGGCUGCCACCGUGGUGUGCCGGGAGCUGGGCUGUGGCAGGGCUGAGUCAGCCCCCAGCGGGGCUCGCUUCGGGCAAGGCACCGGGCACAUCUGGCUGGAUGACGUGAACUGUGCCGGGACUGAGGACACCCUUGCCCACUGCCGAGCCAGACCCUGGGGACAGAAUAAUUGCAACCAUGCGGAAGACGCUAGCGUGGUGUGCUCAGUGUUGUCAAACGCUGGCACGGGCAACACGUCAACUGUUCGGCUGGUGGACGGCCCUCACCGCUGUGCCGGGAGAGUCGAGGUGUUUCACAGCCAGCAGUGGGGCACCGUGUGCGAUGACGGCUGGGACCUGAAUGAUGCCGCGGUGGUGUGCCGGCAGCUGGGCUGCGGGGCGGCCAUGUCGGCCACGGCACAGGCUUCCUUUGGACGAGGGACGGACCCCAUCUGGCUGGACAGAGUUUCUUGCUCCGGGAGAGAAAACGCCCUCACUGAAUGCAGGGCCAGGCCCUGGGGAAUCAAUAGCUGCACUCACGAAGAGGAUGCCGGUGUUGUGUGCUCAGACACGAGUGUCGCAGCGGAGGCACAGGUCCGCCUGGCGGACGGCCCCAACCGCUGCUCCGGGAGGGUGGAGGUGCUGCACGACGGGCAGUGGGGGACGGUGUGUGACGACAGCUGGGACCUGCGGGCUGCCACCGUGGUGUGCCGGGAGCUGGGCUGUGGCAGGGCUGAGUCAGCCCCCGGCAGGGCUCACUUCGGGCAAGGCACCGGGCGCAUCUGGCUGGAUGACGUGAACUGUGUCGGGACUGAGGACACCCUUGCCCACUGCCGAGCCAGACCCUGGGGACAGAAUAAUUGCAACCACGUGGAAGACGCCAGUGUGGUGUGCUCAGCAACCCACAUAUUUCUCCCUGCAGACUCCAACACCACGGAGGGCGUGCAGGUCCGGCUGGUGAGCGGACCCAGCCGCUGCGCUGGGAGAGUGGAGGUGUUCCACAACAAGCAGUGGGGCACCGUGUGCGACGACGGCUGGGACCUGAGUGAUGCCAAGGUGGUGUGCCACCAGCUGGGCUGCGGGACGGCGGUGUCGGCCCCGGGCAAGGCUUAUUUUGGCCAAGGGGCCGACCCCAUCUGGCUGGAUGAUGUGGAAUGCACGGGCGCCGAAGCCAACUUCUCCCAUUGCAACCUGAACAGCUGGGGGCUCCACAACUGCAACCACGAGGAGGACGCGGGAGUCGUGUGUUCAGGCACCAACCCCUUGCAGCUGCGGGUUAAGGACGGUCGGAGCCCCUGCGCCGGGCGCGUGGAGGUGCUGUACAACGCCAGCUGGUACGGCGUCUGCAGCAGCGGAUGGAGCUUGCUGGAGGCAGAGGUGGUCUGCAAGCAGCUGGGCUGUGGGCCGGCACAGUCCGUGCCCACGGGAGCUCAUUUCAGCCGGGAGCACCACCCUGCCUUCCUGGAGGGGCUGAGCUGCCGGGGCACGGAGUCGCUCCUCCUGGAGUGCCAGCGGAGCAAGAUCAGCCCAGGGCUGUGCAGGAAUGGGGCGGCAGCUGGCGUGGUGUGCUCGGAGCCAAAAGGCUCUCCAUCAUCCUGCUCCGCGCUGGUGGCACUGCUUGCCCUGGUGAUGAUGGCAAGCGGAGUCCUGCUGUGGCUCUACCUGAAAAGGAGGUGCAUCGGCGCAGACCUAGCUGCAGACCGUGGGCGCCCCGGGGAGCAAGGUGCCUCCGCAACGCCUUUCCAGGCUGCAGGAGCCAUCUACUACCCGGCCAAGGGAGAGUCUCCUGAGGAUGCUGACACGGAGAUGACUCAGCUCAUGAAGGAAGACGCUGCCCCGUGA